UUUCAGCUGAUGGAAAAUUGUAACACUAAGGAUUAUAUCUUUAAUACUCCAUACUUUCCCUUUUAAAUAUUUCAUUGUAUAAAUAUUUCAUUAGUUCCUCGUACUUUUCCUUUUAAAAAAUCGAGAUGUGGCCAAUUAAUUUAAAUAAAAGAAAUCCGUGAGGAAAUCCAAUCUUCCAUAACCGAAACCCUAGCCAGUUCAUAUUGUUGAUGAUGGAGUCGGCGGAAACAGGUGGUGACAGAUCAAAAAAUCUUUGGCAUCCGCAUUGAGAAGUUAGAAAAAUUGGGGAAGAAUGAGGUUAGGGAUUGGAAAUCCCGUUUUGAGCCGGCUCCCUUUGAUUUCCAGUUGGAGCUUCCAGAGCCCGGCAUGUUGUAUCCCUUUAUCUUCCACUCGAAACUUUUCUUACUCGAUGGUCCAACCGAUUCUGGCACCAAGAUCUGCCAAAUCUCCUAUGUCGGCGGCAACACGUUGGACACAUCUGAGGCGGGCGCAAUCCCUCCGCUACCGACCGACCGCUUCUGUUACAUGGCAAACAUUCAAGAUGACGUUUACUUGGUGGGGUAUCGUAAGACACCGGAAGGAAUGGAGACGGGGUUAUGGGUUUUAAGUUCCCGUUCCGGGAAAUGGGAUUCCUUGUCUAUUCCUCCAACCGUGCUCCCUGAUUUUGGUCGUUCUUGCCCUCUCUGUUUCGUGCUGGAUGAUAAGCUCUUCUUUCAUUGCUGGUCCGCACCAAGCAUUCACUAUGCCUACGACCCCCGAACUCUCACGUGGGAAAAACCGGAGCGCGCAUUUUCUUCUUCUGAUCGUCAGUUUCACGGACCCCUUGUGCUCGUGUCGUCCCUUGGGGAUGUAGACAAUUGCAGGGUGGUGCUGACAUGGGACUUGAGGAGGCUUCCCUCCGGAGAACAUGUGGAAUAUGACAUACACGCUUUGCUGGUGGAUAAUAAAGAUUAUUGCGUUCGCGGCCAUCAAUUCCUUGAUGAGUUGUGUAAGGCGAUUCAGCCAUCCUACUUUGAUAGUCUGUCCAUAGGAAUGAACGCUGUUGACCUUGGCAACAGCAAAGUAUGCAUUAUCAUCGGUGGUCUCGCAGAAGGCAUUCCAUCCCUUUGCAUUUUAGUAGUUGAAUUAGGGUUGGUACAAGGGGAGGAGCAAAGGUUCUUAUCUGUGCGUGUACUGGUGAAUCAAGUCUAUGAUACGGUGCCUUACUUAGAGGACAACCGUCUUGAAGUGCUCAACACCUCCUUUAUUUUCUCGCUCAGCAAGGGAAUGCCUCGCAAACAUCCUUACUCCCAAGAUUGCAUAUCUCCAAGGAAAGAGCCCAAGCUAGCUGGUGGGACGAGUCCAAACAACCCAACAACAGCUUUCAAACAAGAAUGACUAACUUCAACUUGUUCAUAUGAAUGGAGAAUAGUUAACGAAGAUCACAGCAAAAUUUGACAGAGGAGGUUAUUUUUGGUGUGCAGAUUAAGUGUUAUAUGAAGCAGUUGUUGUCAAUUUUCUUAGUGCGGUAUUGGUUGGAUUUGAUGAUUUUUAUGAAGAAUAGUUCUGGUGGUAGUAGCUUCUGCUUGUCAAAUCUAUGGAUAUAAGACUUUUAAAAAGAAUAUUAGUUAUAGAGAUGUCCACUAUUUUACAUAACAUCCUUUUCAGCAAUAAUUUUUAUAUUAUCAAUGGUUGGAAUUGUUCUGUUAACCUGCAACAUUUUCCACGUUAGACAAUUGGUGGUUGCGAUAAUGUCAGUGACAUAAGGUAAAGAUCUGCUACCCUUCCCCCUCCCAAAACCAAAAAGGGUCGUGCAAUAUUUGCUAGCUGGAGUCCAUUAUAUUUUCCCAGGUUUGGGUUUGGGUUUAGUAAUCUCAGGAGUAAUUCGAGUGCAUGAUGAUUUGUGAAUUACAGUUCCUUAGUUAUUAUUAUAUAUAUGCUACCUAGGACAUUUGUUAGUUAAGCAUUAAAAAGAGAUGUCCUACAUUGCAUGAGAUUUCAAUCCUUAAGUAGAGUUUCACAUUUCUUAGGAAAAUUCUUUUUGUUUGUUAUGUUCGAAAUGAAAAAUAGUUGGAACUUGGAACUAAUUAAGUGCAUACUUGCCCUAUCUGGCUAUGAAUCUCGGAUUUUUGACGAAAAUGUGCAGAAAUUUAUUUAUGUACAUUAAAAUUUUUAUAUUUUGAAUGGUUUUGUCUCUCCUAUUCAAUAAAAAAAAACAAAGUAAAAUAUUCAUGAUACGAGAUAUCUCUG